GCGCUGGGAGUGGGUUGUGGACCCCGGAGGUGAGGGUCGCCGGCCGGGGCGCCCCGCCGGGGUUAGGGCCGGAACGCCGCGGACCGACGGCGUUUGGUGGGUCUUCAAGCUGCUAGGAGACUCUAGGUUGAACGACUAGCAUGGAGUGCUGUGUUUCAAAUACAUUUAUAUUCUGGUAGUGAGAGGCCUAAGCAAACUGAAACUUAACCAGCUUGUUCCACUUCUGUACAAUUGCUUGGCGCGCCCGCGUAUUCGUGACCAAUCAUUGAGAUACCCAUACCCCCAGUUGUGGUUUGACCUAAAGGUGGGAGCCAAUCGAAUGCUGCUAAGUGUUCAAAUUUAAAUAUCAACCAAUCGCAGCUCUGUAACUGUGAAAAAUCCCUGAUUUCCCCACGGCUUGUUUGUACCUGUCUAUAAAAGGGCUGUAAAAACCUCACUCGGGGCCUCUUAGCGUCGCCGGCAACGAGUGCGCGGAGGACCGGGUCCGAACCUGCAAUAAACGACCCUUGCCGCUUGGCUUUGGCUCUGGACUCUGGUGGUUCGUUUUUUGGGGUCUCUUGAACUCUGGGCGUUACAUUGGGGGCUCGUCCGGGAUACCCCCAAACCCACCAGACCCCAAGUCAACGGGUCAUUUCUGAGACCGGUCGGUAAGUGAGCCGGCUCUGUCCGUUCCUGUUUGUUCGUUUCUGGCUCUCCCGCGCGGGAUCUGUAUCAGAGACUGACACAGCCCUGGCGGACGCGCUAUAGGGCAGUCAGUCGGGACCAGUAGGAGACGUCCUCUGGCACCCGUCUGGGGCACCAUUUUGGCCCAUGGGAACUCUUUGUUCGGGUUACAGACACCCGUUCUGUAUCUGGUCCCCUCACCAAGGCACUUUGCCGCCGCGCUUGUGAUUUAACUUGUCUCCUCUCCUCUGCAGGUAUAUCCGGCUCACUCCCGGAACAUAAACUAACUUGACCCAUCUAUUUCUUCCUAUACAGACUAUGGGACAGAACCAGAGUACACCUCUCUCCCUUCUUCUGGCUAAUUUCAGGGAUGUCCAGACUAGAGGCCAUAACCUAAGCCUGGACAUCCGCCUGUCAAGACAUCACUUUCUGCCGGUCUGAGUGGCCCGCUUUCGGGGUGGGCUGGCCUACCGAGGGCACUUAUUAUUUGCCUAUAGUUGCUAAGGUCAAGGCCAAAACCCUCCUGCCAGGAAAGGAAGGCCAUCCAGACCAGGUUCCCCAUAUCCUCGUCUGGCAGGAUCUUGUUGAAAACCCUCCACCCUGGAUGUCUCCCUUCCUUUCCUCAGGGUCCUGUAAGAUUUUCGCGGCCCGCUCCACUGACCCAACCAAGCCGUGAACCCCCUCAGCGCCCCUAAAUCCCAUAUUGCCCGAUAGUCAGGACCUACUAUCCCUGGACCCUCCACCCUAUCAUCCCCCUCCCCUCGCACCCCAGGCCCUGCCCGCAGCAGCCGCCUCACCAGUCGCCCCGCUGGUUGCCCCCCAGGGGGAACCAGGAGGACGGGAAGCGGCAGCUGCACCGGAGCCAGGGAGGCUAGGGGCAGCAGCCUCGCCAAGCCCUAUUGAAAAUGAAACCAACAGCGAAGGGCCAGCCGGCCGAACUCGCAGGUGCACCCAGCGUGAGCCAAGCUCUCGCCUCCCCGACCACUGUGGCCCUACCCCUGCGGGAAAUAGGACCCCCCGAUGAAACGGGCAACCCCGACUCCAGUAUUGGCCCUUCUCCACCAGUGACCUUUAUAAUUGGAAAACCCAAAAUGCUCGGUUUUCUGAUAACCCUAGAGAUCUUAGAGCCCUCCUAGAGAGCAUAAUGUUCACCCACCAGCCUACCUGGGAUGACUGCCAACAGCUUUUGCGAAUCGUGUUCACCACGGAAGAAAGGGAGAGAAUUCAACUUGAAGCGCGGAAGCUGGUCCCCGGGGAAGACGGUCGACCCACUGUUAACCCUGACCUCAUUAAUGCAGCGUUUCCCCUGACUCGGCCUGAUGGGGACUACAACGCGGCAGAAGGUAGGGGACGACUGCUCAUUUAUCGCCAGACUCUAAUGGCGGGUCUCCGGGCUGCAGCGCGCAAGCCCACCAAUUUGGCCAAGGUGUACUCGGUAGUACAAGGUAAGACAGAGAGCCCUGCCACCUUUUUAGAAAGAUUAAUGGAAGCCUUUAGGCAGUACACCCCCAUGGACCCCGAGGCCCCCGAAGAAAUCCUGCCCAGGUAUGGUUUUCCAGUCCUGAUAGGGUCAGACAACGGACCUGCAUUCGUCUCUAAGGUAAGUCAGGGAUUGGCUUCCGUACUCGGGGCAGAUUGGAAAUUACAUUGUGCCUACCGGCCCCAAAGCUCAGGACAAGUAGAAAGAAUGAAUAGAACAUUAAAAGAGACCCUUACUAAAUUGACUGUGGAGACUGGCGCUAAUUGGGUAGAAUUACUCCCCUACGCUCUGUACAGGGUUCGCAACUCCCCGGACAAGUUGGGCCUUACACCCUAUGAAAUCACGUUUGGCAAACCCACACCUAUCAUACCUAAUCUUAAGUCAAACCUCAUUCAAUUAGACCAAGAUAACAGCCUCUUGUCUUCUCUCAGGGCUCUACAGUGGGUUCAUGAGGCCGUGUGGCCUAAACUAAGAGAACUGUAUGAGACGGGGCCCCCACCCACUCCCCAUCAGUAUCGUCCAGGAGACUGGGUCCUCGUCAAGCGACACCGGCAGGAGAACCUUGAACCCAGAUGGAAGGGACCUUACCAAAUCAUCCUGACAACUCCCACCGCCAUCAAGGAGUCGGUGCACAGCUCUUGUUAUGACUCCUAUCAGCAAUGUAUAGGGCCAGAUAACUCCACUACCUACUUUACGGCCAUCCUACAGAGUAACAGGGCAGCGAUAGCCAGUGAUAACAAUAUGCAACUUCAAGCUGGCUGCUCUGGCUCAGUUGGAGCUGCCAUCUGCUGGAACCCCCGAGCCCCCAUACACGUGUCUGACGGUGGAGGACCCCAAGACGCUGUCAGACAGAUUGAAACGCAAACGAGGCUUAAGGACCUCGCAGAACAUGUGUAUCCAUGGCUUAAUUCCACCCCCUAGUUCUCCCUAGGCACAGCCCUUACGAGUUAGACCCUCAGACAAUGUCUAUCCUAGAAAGCACUUUCUUACUCAAAUAUCUCUAACCCGACUCUAGCCCAAGAUUGUUGGCUUUGCCUACCCCAGCAAACUCCCCAACCCAUCGCCAUCCCCACUGAAGUUGAUAUCAGCAUAACCAAUGACUGCUUUCCUUCUUCCCUACCUGACCCCUUCCCCAUUCAAUUCAUUAGCCCGUUCGAUGCCUCUUGCUUUAUAAAUAAUCUUACCUCCCAGAAUAACAGCAUAGAUGUAGGGAUCGUAUCUCUUGCCCAAUGCCACCAGUACGUCACUAUCAACUCCUCCUCCUGUAGUACCAACACCACCGUUUUUGUCUGCAGAAAUAACCUAGCCUACACCUAUCUUCCCCACAAUUGCACUGGAGUAUGCAUCCUGGCCACCCUGCUACCAGAUAUCGACUUAGUCGCAGGAAAAACCCCCAUGCCCAUCCCUAGUCUGGACUUUGUAACUGGCAGAUCCAAACAAGCUGUGGCUGUUAUCCCCCUCCCGGUAGGCCUAGGAAUUACAGGCGCAUUAACUACCGGGACAGCAGGAUUAGGAGUCUCCAUACACUCCUGUCUGCGACUCUCUCGGCAACUAAUUGACGAUGUCGAAGCCUUGUCAGGGACAGUCCAGGAUCUGCAAGACCAGCUAGAUUCCCUAGCAGAAGUGGUGUUACAGAAUAGAAGAGGGUUGGAUCUGCUCACCACAGAACAAGGCGGCAUCUGCUUAGCCCUACAAGACAAAUGUUGCUUUUAUGCCAAUAAAUCAGGAAUAGUUCGGACCAAAAUUAAACAGCUCCAAGAGGACCUCGCACGCCGACGAAAAGAACUAGCCUACGAUUCUGUCUCCCUCUCUCUCUGCCCCUCCCCCGUUCAUGCUCUGUCUCUCUCUGUCCCAAAAAUAAAUAAACAUUGAAAAAAAAAUUAAAAAAAAAAAAAAAGAACUAGCCGAAAACCCACUGUGGUCAGGACUCCACAGGUUUCUCCCCUACCUUCUUCCCCUUUUGGGCCCCCUACUAUGCCUCCUCCUCCUUUUUACCUUCGGCCCUAUUAUAAUCAACAAAAUAAUGAACUUUAUCAGGGACAGACUAAACACCAUUCAGAUUAUGGUCCUUAGGCCACAGUAUCAGCUCCUAGACAUGGAGAGCGAGCUUGAUUAGGUAACACCGUAGGACCCAAGAUUGGUUCCUCAGGUACUUGAGAAAGGGGGGAAUGAGAGGCCUGAGCAAACUGAAACUUAACCAGCUUGUUCCACUUCUGUACAAUUGCUUGGCGCGCCCGCGUAUUCGUGACCAAUCAUUGAGAUACCCAUACCCCCAGUUGUGGUUUGACCUAAAGGUGGGAGCCAAUCGAAUGCUGCUAAGUGUUCAAAUUUAAAUAUCAACCAAUCGCAGCUCUGUAACUGUGAAAAAUCCCUGAUUUCCCCACGGCUUGUUUGUACCUGUCUAUAAAAGGGCUGUAAAAACCUCACUCGGGGCCUCUCAGCGUCGCAGGCAACGAGUGCGCAGAGGACCGGGUCCGAACCUGCAAUAAACGACCCUUGCCGCUUGGCUUUGGCUCUGGACUCUGGUGGUUCGUUUUUUGGGGUCUCUUGAACUCUGGGCGUUACAGUAGGAUUAAUAAAAUACAAGUUAAUUUGAAAGCCAAACUCGUAGUAUUUUCCCUUCAGCAUUUAAUAAAUGCCCCUUCCAUCCGAA